ACUAGCCCUGCAGAGGGCGCUAGCGCAGAUUUGGUAUAAACAAAAACAUUGUACGACGACUACGAAGGAACGUCUUUCUGACCAAAUUCUCCGAGAAUUUCACCUCAUUUCGUGCAAUGGAUGAUAUGCUACAGUAGGUCUAUACCUCUCGAAUUCGUGGGGUUCUUCAGCCGCGACUUUCCUAUGUAAUUUGGAGAAAAAUGGGGCGUGGAAAGAAGCUUCGCCUUCGGCAUCGGCAAGAUCGGACGCGAGGCCCUAGCAACGGACAGCCGCCCGAAUCUCCAGGCGGCCUAGGUCUGGUCCUAGGUCACGGUGAUGAAGAAGAGGAUGAGGUUUUACUGCGGCAAGUGCCCAUGGUAAUCCAAGAACAGAUUAGUGUGGUGCCUCUCAGACAAAGAACAGUCAGUAAAAGAGACAGGAAGAUGGCCUGGGGAACUGUUCUUGCUCCUAAAGACCCCAACAUCAGGAAGUCCUCGGUCUCAAGCCGCCACAGUCAGUCAUCAGGUAGCAUCGACCGCAAUCACAGGGAACCAGCCACAGCACAGAGACCUAAUUUAAGCGAUCAAACCCUGUCAAGUUCUUCACGUUCAGCUUCCCAAGACAUCAAACUGCCGAUUCUUUCCAGUAGUACGCACAGCCGUUCACAGCCAACCAAACCUUGCCGUAAAAUCUCCCACAACUCUUCCCAAAGUGCCGGCGCCAAGAACCAACCAACUCGACGGAAACCAAAAACCGACUCGACUUCUAAGCAUGGAGAUCAGGGACAGAAGUUGUCAAGUAAGCCGGCGAAGAAACCGAGAGCUGUCCCAAUCCUUGCGGCGAUAACGCCGGACAAUGUGGAACACGAGAAGCAGAAAUUCUUUGAGAGCAGCUUUGACUAUAAUCCACAGUUCAGUUACCGAAGUCCGCCCUCAGCAGGCGUUCUGGAGAGAUACAACAAGGCAACCGACAAGUUGAUUCAGCCGGCCAUCCAAGUCUUUCAAGCCACCCUGCUGAAGUUCAAGACCUAUAAACGUUUUGAGGCCACGACAGGUGGCAAGCCAAUCUCCGUAUCCCAGUUCACAGCCAUGUUCCAGCAGUACCUGGCCCAGGAAGGCCUUACCAACAAGGUGGCCCUGAACCUGAGCGACAGCCUGGUAGCCCGUGCGGUGAUGAGUAGGACAAACGGACGAGCGACGCUCAACGCCAGACCCAAUGCGCUCAAGUCCCAGUGGUCGGACGGGCUGCUCAGACAUGAAAUAGGAACUCAUUACAUACGGAGCGCCAACAAUCGCGAGCACCCGUGGAGCACGCCAAAAGGCCGCAAGCAGCACGGCCUCAGCUCUCUCAACCCGACUGAAGAGGGCAUCGCAAGCAUCCACAGCGUCUUACUCAGAAAGGAACCCUUCCUGUGGCGCUCAGCAAUGCUGUACUACACCACCUACAUGGCUUCCAGGCUGUCCUUCGCGGAUCUGUUUCGGGACCUGGGGACCUACAUUGAGGAUCCGGAGGUCCGGUGGGACUACUGCUUGAGAGCCAAACGAGGACAGACGGACACCUCUCAACCAGGUUGUUUCAACAAGGACCAAGUCUACCUAGCAGGCGCCUUUCGCGUCUUGCGCUACCGCCAUUCCGUCGACUUCCACAGCCUGUACAAGCUGGGCAAAGUGGCCCUGGAGGAUGUAGAACAUCUCAAGACCUUGGUGGACCUCAACUCUCCGAACCUGAAGAUCCCGACGUUCAUGGCCGACAUCGAAGACUACAGGAAGCGACUGGACUAUGUCGUUUUAAAGAACGGCCUGGAUGAAGGGGAAUUGGCUCUUCUCUUUCCAGGGGAGGCACCAAGUGGUAAGACUGUCAAGCCAGCAACUAGCCAGGAGGAAUGCCUUGAUGAACAAGAAACUGGACUUGUUUGCUCAGAUGAUGAACUUGUGGAAUGAUAAUGGCUGUUGAAUUUCCAGGGGACAACUCAUGAAUAAAAUAUCUUUUUUUGCCCUGCUUUUUACCUUCUAUACCUUCUGUAAUUCUAGACAUUGGGUUUGAGAUUUCUUGAAGGAGAGUAAGAAACAACUGCUUCAACCUGACUUCAAAGUGGUUAGGAGCAGAUGCACAAUUAAACAGGCGUUUCUGGGAGAUGGAACCUCGCGGUACCGCACGGGUUAUGCGGUACCGCAAGGUUUCGUUUUAAAGAGCUAAAUUUACGAGUCAAAGCCCACAACCGCGUGUCUUCACAAGCGCCUGGCAGGCCAGCAGUGCUAACAAUAGAGCCCCUCUGCAAGGCCUAAUCUCCUGCUAAUCCCCCAGUGCCCACAGUGACUUCGAAGGCGUUGAAUUUGAAUGGAAUCUACCGAUCAAUUGAGGGUGAAAGCUUGACUUGAUAUGUUGACACUAAAUGUACAGGUAUAUUUUUCUCUCUUCUAAUUCACAUUAAUCAGCGGAUAGUUUUCUAUUCAUUGUCAUUGAAAUAAAGGCUCUAAGAUUCCCCGCCCAGUGACUCAGCCUUUGGAAUAGUAUUUGAAUUUUUUAACUUUGAGACAAAACUCCAUUUAAUCAUUACUUUAAUGUGCAAACAUUAACAUAAAUAAAGAAGAACCAGAUAAGUAUCAAAUAACUUAUUCCAAUAUUAAAGUGUCACGUAUCCUGUGAAAUGACGGCGCCUGUUGUUACGGCACCUUUUGUCGCGGCAUCUGGCUUUAUUUUCAAGAAAAGUGAAUUAUUGUUUCAUUUUUAGCUAUUGUUGGCCGUCCAUCUUUACAAAAUGAGCUGAAUAUUUUUUUUUAAAUAUUGUACUGCUUCAAGUUUACCAAAUUUACCAAAUUCAUAAAUAUUCCAGCAAUUCGGCGUAUGGCUGCAACAGAAUAUGAAUAAAAACCAUUCAAUUCCAAAUGUAAUUGAACUCAUCUCUAUGUAGUUGCAAAUAUGGUGCUUUUUAGUCACAAAACCUCACAAGCGUGACCACUAAUCCUGUAAUCCCCUAAUUAUACAGGGUCGACUAUUGAUGAAGCCUUUUGUGCACCAAAGUGUCCCAAUUAACCUGCUUCUUUUGUUCGCAAUAACCUGGGUGGACUGAGCUGAAGUUGACCCUGCACUGGAGGAGAAUAUUCAUGAAUGCAUUGUUGGUAUGCAUUUACGUCCAACCCCGAAAAACCUAAAGGUUUACCGUGCGGUACCGCACGGUUUAUGCGGUUAACACAGAAGAACCCGCCUGUUUAAUUGUGAAUCUCCCCCUUACAUGUUGAGGCACAACCAUGUCAUAUAGGCAUUGUUCACGAGUCGGCCAUAUUAAAUUGAAAGCGAGGUGAAAUCUUUCAUUUUUGGAGCUUGCCAAUGAAAGCAAUGAAGUAAAGUUCAUUUCAAAUUCAUACCAGUGUGCUCUGAUCAAUAAUUUGAAAUUUGUGAUUAAACAUGUUUUAAGCCCAAAUUUAAAAAAGAAAAUUGAAAGUGAAGCGUGGAACACAUAGUCUGGCACCAUCUCAUUCAACAGUUUACAAUUUAUAGAAUGCAUUCAGGGAACAUGAUCAAAAAUGGCUACCUCAUGAACAAGGUCUAUAAUGAGAAUUGCAUUUCAUGUUAUGUAAGCAUGAAAGAUUGCGAGCAAUUUUGACGAGGAGUGUUUCAAGAAAAGAACAUAUACACGUACUGGGAAUAGGUUGAGGGGUUUUUUUUAGCAGGUGUAUAUUUUUGUAACAAUCAUUGAAGUCUUCAGUUCAUGUAGAACUUUUAUUUAUUGAAAUGCAAUUUUGAAUCAUGAAAAUCAAUUUAAUUAUUUUUAAAUCAUGCAUUUUAAAUUAGAGUUUCAAAAUUUGCUGCAGAAAAAAACCCACAAGUAAAUAAUUGAAAGAUUAUUAUAGAUUGAAACUUGAAAUGGUGAUUGAAAACUCCAAACAAACAACAAAACUAUAUUGUGCAUCUGUCGGUAGUCAGUGUCUGUUUUUUGUAGAACUUUAUUGGAAUCAUUAAAAGUAAAAAAGAACUCGUACACCAUGCAUCAUAAACAUUAAUGCUAUUCUAAUUUUUGUUUAAUUAAAGCCCAUAAGUGUUUUAUAAA